AUAGUCAGCGUCGUUUGGGAUACUGGCAACAAGCAACAAUACAUCUUACAGAGCUCUGAGCUGAUAGCAUCAUCAUCGUCAUAAUGGAAAGCAGAACAAUUCUAGCCGUGCUCGUUGCCAUCUCGGUUCUUGCUGUUUGUGCCGCCCAGGCUCCAAAUGGAUUUCGGCCUAGACCGGGACCAAGACCGAGGCCAGAAAACGGCACCAGUCCUGGACCACGACCGAGACCAGAAAACGGCACCAGUCCAGGACCACGACCGAGACCAGAAAACGGCACCAGUCCUGGACCACGACCGAGACCGGGAAACGGCGGAGGAAACCACUCUCAACCUAUCAACGGUCCCAGACCAGGCAACCACUCCCAACCUAUCAACGGCACCAGACCGGGCAACGGCACUGGCAACUAUUCAAGGGACGGUCAUAUCGUAAAGCGCCAGAUAUUUUUCUCUACCUUAUCACCCCCAUCGGGAAAUGGAUCUGGAAAUCACUCACACCCUCCUCCUCCUCCUCCUCCCCCAACACCAAGCAACAGUUCUGCUCCACCACCACCACCACCACCACCACCACACAACAGCACAGCUCCCCCUCCACCAACCAACAGUUCUCUCGCUCCCCCACCCUCAAACAAGAGCCUUCCCCCUCCCCCACCAUACAACAGCUCUUUCGCGCCCCCACCCUCGUACAACAGCACCACCCCUCCUCCACCAUUAAACAGUUCUUUCGCUCCUCCUCCCCCGUCCAAUAGCUCUGCCCCUCCCCCUACAUCAGGAACCAACAGCCCAUCGCAUCCCCCACCUCCCAGUAGCUCUCCUUCAGGCCGAUCGUGUAGGGGAAGAUGUGGUAACUAUAAUGGUUCCAGACAGUGCCAAUGCGACAAUCAAUGCAGGAUGUACAGAGACUGUUGCCGUGAUUUAGAGUCUGAGUGCCAGAACCGGAACUAGGCGCAUUCACCGACUCAUUGAUUUGAUGUUGGAAUCGGACCAGGAAUUGGACAGGGAAUACGGAUCAGUAAACCACCCCCCAAAAAAUAGCUCUGAGGCCUUUAACAAGCCUAUGUCUUUUACGAUUAAUACAAAUUAGAUAUUGACAUUUGAUAUCAAUCAAACUGUUUGAUUGAUUUGAUUGAUACAAAAGUUUUAAACUGUCGUUUUCCGUAUGUAGUUAUUGUACAACAUGAUUUACAAAAUAGAUGUAGAGAAAAUAUUGGUGGGCAAGACCCCCCCCCCAACCAAAAAAAAAAAAAAAAAAACUUGAUAGUUAUAACAAAAUUAUUCUCCUCUACUCCCAAUCUUUGAAAUAUUAUCAUGUUUGUUUCUCGACUUUGCGAAUUUGAAUUCCUUGCUUUCAGAAAUAACGAUUCAUCAGCACACUUAAAUCGCCUUAAAAAAAAAAAAAAUCAGUGCACAGUUCUUCUGGAGGAAAGUCUUGAUGGGUUGGCCUAGGAAGCCUUCUCAACCUGAGUAAUAACGGUCGAUUUUUUUUUUCUUUUCCGCUAUAGCACCGAAAUGAAACAUUAUUACAGAUACCAAAUAGACAAUUGUCCCCAACAGUCGUCUUUAGUGUCCACACGCCCACUUCUUCCUAACGUUGGCUAUUUAGGACUAUUUAUAUAUCCUACUCUUUCGGGAAUUAAUCAACCUGAAUUGCAAUCGGCAUCCGGUUUUUCGUAUGAUUUCGAUAAUAAACAUUUGCAGAAAUCAG